UAGAUUUGCUUCCUAAUUGAUUGUUUGGACUUUGAACUAUAAAUAGACUCUUCCAACUUAUCAAAUAAAAAUUGUGAGAAAGAAGAAGAAAAUUAAAUCCAUUGUUUUUUUCCUUGGCUUCUCUUAUAGUGAUGGAUAGUUUAUCGCUACCUGUCGGUGCAGUUUCUGCACUAUUUUUUCUUCUUUUCAUGUUGAACAAUGUACAUGGAAAGUUGGAAACCAACGACUGUGAUCUCUUCCAAGGGAAUUGGGUUUAUGAUGAUUCUUAUCCUCUUUAUGAUUCAUCUGUGUGUCCAUUUAUUGAAAAACAGUUUGAUUGUUUAAAGAAUGGAAGGCCAGAUAAAGAAUAUCUCAAAUAUAGAUGGCAGCCCAAUGGUUGCUUUUUACCAAGGUUUAAUGCAACAGAAUUUCAGCUCAAAUUCAAGGGGAAGAGCUUGAUGUUUGUUGGAGAUUCACUAAGCGUUGAUCAAUGGCAAUCUCUCACAUGUAUGCUUCAUGCUGCUGAUCCACAAGCUGAGUAUACCUCCAAAAGGGUUGGAGCCACUUCUUUCUUCACAUUCCCGAAAUACAACACGUCGUACCUAGUAUUCCGUGAUGUUUUCCUAGUCGACAUUAUCAAAGAGUAUAACGGGACACGAGUUUUAGAGCUAGACUCUCUCAGUUCAGCAGCUCAAUGGAAAGAAAUGGAUGUCCUCGUCUUUGAUUCUUGGCAUUGGUGGCUUCACACGGGUAGAAAACAAGCUUGGGAUCUUGUUCAAGAUGGCAAGUCCACAUACAAAGAUGCACCCCGUUUAACCCUAUAUAAGAAAGCACUAAAUACAUGGGCAAAAUGGGUAGAUUCUGAAGUAGACACCACAAAGACUAAAGUAUUUUUCCAAGGAGUUUCUCCUGACCACGGCAAUUGUGUCGGAGAAACGAAGCCAUCGAGGAAUACACAAGGACCACAUCCAGGGGAAUUGGUGUUGGAGAAUGUUUUGAGAAGAAUGAAAAAACCAGUUCAUUUGUUGAAUGUAACAACAUUGUCACAGUACAGAGCAGAUGGUCAUCCUUCAGUUUAUGGAUUUGGUGGACACAGGAAUAUAGAUUGCACACAUUGGUGUGUGGCUGGUGUUGCUGAUACUUGGAAUGUACUAUUAAGUGCACUUCUUGAUCAAUUAUAGAUCACCAAUUAUAGUAUUUUCUCUACUUAUCUUCUUUGGGGAUAAUAAAUCAGAGUCGUCAAAAGAAAAAGAUGUAUUACAAAGGUUGUGUUCAAAUUUAUUUUGAAAAAAUAGUUAUGUGAGGCCGUGCUAAGUCCGGAUCCAAACUCAAGAUAUAAAAGUAGAUAUUUUAAUUAAAAAAAUAU